AUGUCAAAUCCAGACGGCGUUUGUGGUUACACGGAACGAGUCUCCACAACUCGAUUCGUUUACAUUUCAGUAUCUGGACUGGUGGCAGUAUUUGGUGUUUUCUCAAAUAUUUUACUUUUCGUUCUGUUUCACACAACCCCCUCGCGACCUCCGUCGCAUUUCCCAGCGUUUCUCGCUCUGCUCGAUGCAUUACUUUGCUUUUGCUUCAUAAUUAUUUUCGUAGUGGACGUUAACAUGAUGUAUCUUGAACUGCCGGUAGAAAGUAGUGAUGGUCCACCAUACACAUGGGUACAAGACCAUUUUUCUACAAAAGAAGAGGGAAGGAAACUGAUUGUGACUUUUUUGGUAUUCAUAGGAAGAAAUAGUGUUAAGAAAUAA